CCGCCGUCGUCGUCGUCAUCGUCGUCGUUCUUCUCUCUCUCUCGAACCGAACACGCCGGCUGCGAGUACGAAGCCACCUCGAGCCGCGACCCGGGACCCAAGUCGAGCGGGAUGACGCGAAAAAAAUGUGCGCCGUACCAACGUGGCUGAUGAGGCUGAAAUCGAGCCUCUCACGCACCACAGUAGGUCUUAGAGGAUGCACAAGUUAGCCAAGGGCCUGAAGAAGAAGAAAAAGCCGAAGAAGGGCAAGAAGGGGGCGGAGGAGGAGGAGUUCGAUCCGGAGGAGCUCGAGCGUUAUCGGCGCGAGCGGGCGGAGGCCCAACAGAAAGCCGAGGAGGCCGGCGAAUCGACCAAAGGUCCCGGAUCCGACGAGUGGAAGAAGUUCCAGGCUCUGACUGCUGGCGUCGACUCGGUCUUGAAGAAGACUCAGGAUGACCUCGAUCGGAUAAAGUCUACCUCGUUCUUCCAGCGAAAGGCGCCGUUGGAAGAGAAGAAACCGAAAGAAGCAGAGCAGGAGGACUCCAACAAAUCGUCUUCGAAGAAGUGGGUGGGCUUCGACAAGGAGGGCAAUCCAAUCGAGGCCGCGCCGCCGGAGACCGACGGUCAGGAGAGAAAAGGGGAGAGACCGUUGGUCAACGAGGACGGUUUCGUAGACGUACCGGAGGACGAGGAUGAACAGGAGGACUCCGCCGAAGAGGAUAUCUUCGACACCACUUACAUCGACGUUCUUCAGAAUAUCGACGUCCAAUUAGCUUAUAUACCGGACAGCCCGACCGAGGAACAGGGCGGGGACGAUCCCUUCGACACCACCAACGCCGACAAGGUUCUCCGCACAGUCGACAAAAAGGGCAACAAGCUAGUCAGCUUAGGCAAUGCUGUUGAGGUGUUAUCGGGAAGAAUCGACUAUGUAAGCACGUGCAAGAUCACCAAGGGAAGGCGACCUAGACUUCAGCAGGAUCUAUUGUUGGACGACUUUGACGAGGCGGAACUACCGUCGAUAGAAGCCGUUGCGGCGGAACGGACAGAAGCGGAGAAGACUUUGCUGGAUGACGACAGCGAUCUUCCCGACAUACCCGUUGAUUUGACGAAAUUACCGCCUGUCUUACCGAGACCAGUCAGCCCGGUUGCUCCCACAGCAAAUGAGGAGGGCGCAAUCUCGGCCACUGAAAAGACAUCAAACGGUCCGCUAGAUAUUUCCGAGUUCGAAGUUCUGAAGGAGAAAACGGCCUUGGAAGAGAUCCCCGACUUGGAUGACGCUGAAUUUGAUCUAGACGCGACGCCAAAUGAGUCGACUCGUCUCGAGGAGGCCGAUGAUCCAUUCGCCGCGAAAGAGCCUGAAACGACCGACUUUCAGACGGAGAUAAUCGAGGCCAGCUUCGAGGCAGCUACCUUCGUCGACGAGGCCGAUCCGUUUGACACUACAUUCGCGGAUAACAUACUACCGGGUAAAACAGAGCUGAAAUUCAUCGAGAAAGAGCUCGAAGAACUACCUGUCUCCGACGUAUCCAUAUCACUGACCGAUCCCGCGGGCUUCAACAGAGAUUACGAAACAGGCCUGCUGAAAUUGGAGAAUGAACAGAAAGACAAUCAGGACAGUUUGUUGUCCAAGAAGGAUCUGCUAGGCGGCUCGACCACCGAUCUUAGCCAGUUGGCGGACGAACCGAUCGCGCCCGUCGAGGAAAUCACCUACGUCGAUCCCUUCGACACGUCCGCGGUGACAGAGCUUCCACCCGGCAAAACAGAGCUCAAGUUCUUAGAAAAAGAAUUGCUCGGUGAGCAACCGAGCGGUUACGUCGAGGACGACGACGAUUUCGAUCCGAGGAAAGAUGAGGAGUCAGUGAAGCAGCUGCCUGCAAAACCGCCGCCACCCAGACCAUCCGCGCCGGUUAAGCCUGUGUUCGAAGUUAACUUCGAGGAGGACGAGAAGGUCGAAGCGACACCGACGAACCUCGAGAGGAAAGCUUCUCGGCCGGAAGUCCUCGAGUUAGCCCCAACCAAGGCCGUCGCGUUCGAAUUGCCAACGCCUUCGAAGAGGCCUGACCUUCUCGCGACUACCGAAGAGGAGAAGACACUACCCUCUAAACCACUAACACCCUAUUACUCCCAGAAGUCCAUAGAAGAGUCGUUGCCGAUAGAGGACGACGAAGUAGAUGUCGAUCCUUUCGACACCAGUUUCGUCAAUAAAGUCGCGCCAGGUAAGACAGAACUCAAGCUCAUCGAGUCGGAAUUGUUGAGGCAGGAAUCUAAGCUGCCGCACAGUUUGAGCGAUCACGACUUCGACCCGAGAUCUACCGCAGAACCAAUCAGGAGACAGAGCGACUUCACGGCCACCUCGGUCGCGCCGAGCAAUCUAAAGCUCGCGCAGCUGCAAUCGUCGCUGAGACAAAAGGUUGAAGAGGAAGUGAUCGCGAAGCAGGCACCUCAGAGGCAAGAGAGCUUAUUGGAUGCGGAAGUCGAGGUCGACGCGAAACCUCUGACACCUAGGAUCGAGAGCAAACCUAUCGCGGAGGAGGAGGAGAUCUCCUAUUCGGAUCCUUUCGACACUUCUAUCGCGACGAACAUCCUGCCCGGGAAGGCAGAGCUGAAAAUAUUGGAGAGUGAAUUACAGCAAAUUCCUCAGCCGCCACCCCCGCGUCCCAUCAAUCUGCCCACCGUGGUACCUAUCGUUUCAUCGACAGUCCCGGAAAUCGACGACUUCGAUCCUAGAGCGGACGAAGUUAAGGAGUCGAAAGACUUUCUGUCUUUGGACGGACAAGAUCCCGGCGACAAAGUGUUGACGCCGCUCCAGAAUAGAGAUCUUACUUUGGACGACUACGUGGACCCCUUCGACACUAGCUUCGCUACUAUCGAGCCUGGGCGGACCGAAUUGAAACUGCUCGAAUCCGAAUUGAUGAAUUCAAUCAUGGAUUCCAAGGGAGGAAAUCCAUUUCUAAUGGAUGAUUACGCGACGGAACCUGGGGGCGGCGUGCCCUCGCAGGCUUCCAAUCCUUUCCUUCAGGAUUUCACCGAUACGUCAGCUUCCGGCGGGGGCGAGAAUCCCUUCUUAAAUUUCGGCGGCGACCAGGCGUACGAACCGCCAGUGUCCGUCGACUCUACCAAUCCGUUCGCCUCCUUUGGCAUUGAAAGUACCGCUCCGGACACCGAAUUCGGAGCUGCCACUGACACUAAUACGCCAGCAACCAACGUCUUCACUAGCCAGCCAUCCAACAUCUUCGUCGCGUCCGAUAACGCGAGCGUAGACCUGUUUGGUACGAUGACGACGACGACAGCCGAGAAACCACCCCCGGCAGUCGUCAGCCCGCCGCAGCCUCUAGCGGCCACGCCUCCGUCGAAGAAUGGAAAGCCGCCGCCGUCGAGGCCACCCCCGCCGAGACCGCAACCACCACCGCCACCGAUACCGCAUCCACCGGUGCAACCACCUGCCAAGCACACCAAGGAUCUAAUACUGUCGGUCACGGGAGCAAUGGAUGCCACCUCGAACCACCUUCUGGAUCGUUUGCAAGCAACCAGAACGCCCAGCCCCACGCUGAUGCACUCCCCGUCGCCCACCCCGGAGCACAGCUUCGCCGAUUUUCUCGACGUGGACAGCAACGUGCCGGAUCUGAUCCCGGACGACAAACUCGUUGAGACGCCGAAAAAUCAAGAUAUCAUGGACCUGUUCGACGCUCCCAACACUGAUGUCACCGCAAACAUCUUUUCUGCUUCCAUGACCACGACGGAUGCCAAUCUUGUCACCGGAAUCCCCGUAGCCACCGCUACCAAGGAUAAUCCUUUCGCGAGCAUGAGCGAGGAGGCGGUGGUCCCGCAAGCGCAGCCUGCCUUCGGAAUGGAAUAUCCGGAAGAUAUUGUCAGUAACGAGAAACGGCCUUCAGUGACCUCUGCGACUCCUUUUGCAGUCAUAGAAACGGACGGAAAAUCCGGCACUGUCUUGGACCUUGAGGAACCUGCGCCUGCAGUUCAACCUGUGUCGACAGCAGCCACUGAACUCUUCCAAGGAACAGAACAGAUUUCCACCGAUGCUGAUGCGAGCUUCUUCUCCAUGACCGACACAACCACGGUAACGCCCUUCGGCGUGGUCGAGACCGCGCCUGCACCCUUCGCAGCUGCUGCCCAGCCCUUGUUUGCUCCAUCGGAAAUCACGCAACCCGCCUUUGCCUCGGAUUUACUGGGUGACUUCGGAGAAACGACCAAAGAGAUCAGUAGCGGCUUGAUCUCCACCAGUCCAACUCCCGGCUCGGAGUUUCCCGGCAACGAGGCUUACCGGCCCGAGGAAGAGUUGGAUAACUUCGCCGCUACGACAAAAGCGAUCGAGGUUACCGGCGACUCGUUCGAUGCUUUCGCGUCCAAGUUCGACAGGGCCGCUGAACCGGAAACCAACGGCGGGGAUCCCUUCAUGGAUGCCUUCGGCGGGCCAACCGCUAUGGACACCUCCAGCGACGUUUGGGGAGACUCAGCAGUUGGCUCGGAAACGGCGCUCACCGGUUUUGGAGAGUCCGACGGUUUUGAUUCUUUCUUGAGUAUGACGGCUCCACCGCCGGAAAUGAAAGUGAAAAGAACCGAGUCUGCGGAAUCGGACGACGGACCCGACUUCAGUGUAUUUAUCAAGCCGAAAGAAGGAGACCAGGUGACAACAAUGGAAGGCGGGCCUGUACCUACAUUAGCGCCACCACCGAAAAGUCCACAGAUUGCCGCGUACACGGAUUCUUCGCCACGUUUCAAUCCCUUCGACAAGUCCGGACUCGCGCAAGAUGCCGUGGUCCCUGAAACCGCACAGACAGCUGAAAUGGCUAGGACAGAUUCUCAGGAAACCCCGCCUACUCCUCUGUUCGACGAAGAUGUUAGUCAACCGCUCGAGGAUUUCCCGAGAAUAACUGACACCGGCGACGGUUGGGAAAUGCAAUUGCGACAGCCAAACAAGAAGAAGAUUACGGGGCAACGUUUCUGGAAGAAGAUCUUCGUCAGGCUAGUUUACCAGGGUGACAAUCCGAUACUUCAGUUGUUCAACAAUAAAGACGAGAAAGAUCCAUUCCAAGAAUUACCUCUGCUCGCCUGCUACUCGGUGUCAGACAUCGGCGCCCAACAAUUCGACCAGUAUGGAAAGAUCUUUACUUUGAAAUUACAAUACAUCUUCUAUAAGGAGAGGCCUGGCGUGCGACCUGGUCAGGUCACGAAGGCCGAAAGACUCACAAACAAACUCAGCCAGUUCGCGGCAUACGCUAUUCAAGGUGAUUACCAGGGCGUCAAAGAGUUUGGAAGUGAUUUGAAGAAAUUGGGUCUUCCUGUCGAACACGCACCUCAGAUCUCUCAGUUAUUCAAACUCGGUUCGCAAUAUUACGAGAACAUGAAGCAAUUUUCCUGCAUUAUCGAGGAAGCUCUCUUCAAGUUGCCGGCUCAUCGCGAUCGGGCUUUAAAUUACAAAAUGGAAGAGGUCCAGGUAACAGUCGUGGAUGAACUGUACGUCGAGCAGAGUGCGGAGGGUCACGUAGACAAGCAGAUCGCACGCGUUCGUCUUUUCUUCCUGGGUUUCCUUUCCGGUAUGCCCGACAUAGAAUUAGGAAUAAAUGAUAUGUGGAGACAGGGUAAAGAGGUCGUUGGCAGGCACGAUAUCAUCCCCGUCGUGACGGAGGAGUGGAUUCGCCUGGAGAACGUCGAGUUUCAUUCCUGCGUCCAGCAGGACGAGUACGAGAAAUCGCGGAUAAUAAAGUUCAAACCACCUGAUGCAUGCUACAUUGAACUGAUGCGAUUUCGCGUAAGACCGCCUAAAAAUAGGGAACUACCGCUUCAGCUAAAAGCGGUUAUGUGCGUUACUGGGAACAAGGUGGAGCUGAGAGCAGACAUUCUCGUGCCUGGUUUUGCAUCCAGAAAAUUGGGCCAAAUACCGUGCGAGGACGUGAUGGUUCGCUUUCCUAUACCCGAGUGCUGGAUCUAUCUCUUCAGGGUCGAGAAACACUUCAGGUAUGGCUCGGUGAAAUCGGCGCACAGAAGAACGGGGAAGAUUAAGGGUAUCGAAAGGUUCUUGGGCGCCGUCGACUCAUUGGAACCGCAGCUGAUGGAGGUAACUUCCGGCCAGGCGAAGUACGAGCAUCAACAUCGCGCGAUCGUGUGGAGGAUGCCAAGGCUGCCGAAAGAGGGGCAAGGCGCAUAUACGACGCAUCAGCUGGUUUGCCGCAUGGCUCUCACCUCCUAUGAUCAGAUCCCCGAAAAUCUCUCGGAAUACUGUUACGUGGAGUUCACGAUGCCGGCGACGCAGGUGUCCCAUACGACCGCGAGGAGCGUCAGCCUCCAGAACAGCGACAGCGACGCGCCCCCCGAAAAGUACGUCCGAAAUCUGUCGCGUCACGAAUACAGGGUGGGGAUUGAACAUACGCAAGGCGAAGGACCUGGCGCGUACGUUACGGCGACGAUUGCAAAGAAGAUUCCCGAGACCACGCCGGAAGUAAUCCAAGAGACGCCCGAGGCGGCGGCCGAGUCCGAUUCCGACUCCUCGGAGUAAUAUGGGUAAUCUGUCGCUUAAGUCAACGUCGAUCGAUCGUUUCCGCGUUGUAAUAAUUAGUAUGUUACCAAGGGGGAAGGGCGAGAGCUAAAAAGGGAACGUGUUACGUAAGUCGAUCGCGGUGGAGAGCUAAAUAUGGCUGACACACUAGUCGUUUAAGCGGUGAACGUAGGUAUCGUGAUGAACCUAGGUAUAGUGAACACUACAUCGUGUACGUGUUACUAGUCUGUAUAGAAAGAAAAUCCGCGGGAAUCGGCAAACGAGAUGUUUCGUAGGUUUGCCAAUUAUAAUAAACGGCGAAUGAUCAUCCCGCGUGUGCGAAACCGUGACACUUUUGUGCGGUCGCUUAUCAGUUCAGAAAUGGGCCGAGACACCCUUACAGAAAUUUAACAACUGCGAACCAAAACUGCACUGAACAAUUACUAGAGUCUGCUAAUUGAACUAUUAAAUAUUACUGACGUAUAGUAAUUUUUUAGUAAUUAUUUUGCAUACGUUUCUACAAGGGCAGUAGUUUCUGUCAUUGGAAAAAAGAACAGAAUUAGAUCAGCAAAGAGACUAAAAUAUUCCAUUUACAAGACAACAUCUUGGUCUCCAAACGCACGCUAAGCGAUUAGGAUAAUCAAAGCCAAGAGAUAACUUGCCUGACAUUUUCAAGAUUGCGAAUACACAAAGUAAUUCCUCUUAAUCACCGAGAUUCUCGCAUUUACUUGAGAUUGAGCGCUACCUUCUUUCCAAUCCUCAAACCAAUCUACGAUCAUUCCGUCCGCAAAAUAAUCUCGCAGGCGAGCACUUCACGAAACAUCUCGUUCGUAUUCGCGCUCAACAUAGGGGCUAAUGAAAGUAAAUAAUUAAAGGAAAACUAAUUUGAAACAUGAGGAAGAGGACAUUAGGACAAUACCGCUUUUCCGUUUUGUUUAGCUUGUUAAGUCGUAGAGCACUCGCGACGAAAAGCUUUGCGUGCGCGAAGUGCGUUCAUGACGCGUCAAAGAUGCACGGUCAUUCUUAUCGGGCAAUUGUAAUGUUGAAAUUGUUUAUACAUAUGAGAGAACAAUUUCGUGUGCUGUACAUUUUUUAAACGGCCGGCGUAAUUGCUUAUCCGGAAGGAUCAUUCAUUUGCGAGAUCGUUUAAUCAGACGUUAUUUGGUUUAUCUUUAUACUACCUAAAUUUUUCUGACACUUUUCACUCUGCAUACCACGCAUAGAGCUGAAGUGUCUCGUGUUUGAAAUAUUUUAAAACUUUUACUUACACUUCAACGUUCACGAUCUAGAAAAUUUUCACGAAUUACUGAGGACUAUUGAAAGAUGAUGAUAUAUCGCUAAACGUCACGUCGUCGUUGCGAUCAGAGGGCAAUGAUCUGUUAGACAUCGUUAUUUUAUAGGCACGAGCAUAUCCCAUUGUUUGAGCUUAUAGAUGAUCUAUGCAUACCGUUAUUUAGUCGCUAGUAGAUAUAAAUUUAGUUAUAAAUUAAUUAUACCACGAUGUGUACAGACAACAAUAAGAUAUCAAUAAUUCUAGAACGGUAUGGUGUCGGGUGCGUGUGUAAUAUUAAUUUAGUAUAAAUGUGAUGGAGUCUUGCGAGAGCAAGUUUGAUUCACAGUAAAGCAAAUCUCAUAAUUCGGUAGGAAUAAAGAAACACGGUCGGUCUCGCGCGCACGGUUUACGCCUUAGACUUGGCGCGAGACACGUGUCUCUUGAUAGUAAUCGCAAAUAUAAUCUGUAAAUGCUUGUAGCGAUAGCCCGCUUGUAAGAUCCUAGAUGUAGGUUUUACGUUCGUUAUUAUUUAAUUUUUGUCCUUUUCGGUCGGUGCGUAACGCUACCGACUUGGCAGACAAGCAGCAUCACCAAAGAUUAGAAUUAAGGCUGCGCCAGCAGCGUAAUUUCGGUCGCGACGCUCGGAAUCGAGCACGCGACACGAAGAAGGAAGGGAAGUGGCCUAAUUAUGCGAGGUUUCUCGUCGUAUCGUAUACAUGAGUACGGAGAGACCUCCAUUAAUUACAUGUAGUCCGAUGUAUGUAAUCGUAUCUUGUAUACCUUGGAUAAGCUAUGUAAACGAUUAGAGACGUAAGUUUCCGUUGUGUUUUAAAUUUUUCGUUAAUGCAUUUUCAACCUGCGAGUCAGAAGAGUCAUCAAAGGUCAGAAGAGUUCAUUCUAGUCCCUAGCUGUUAAGAUAAUCGUAUGAAACGGACGAAUUCAACGUCGAUCAUACGUUAGUUAAUAAGAUCUAGAUUAAAGUUCGAUUUUAAGCGUAACUUCGAUAGCAAAUAUUGAUAAAGGCGGCCAACCAAAUAGACUAAGCACGCCUGUUGAUUAUUAAUUGCCGCUCUGAUCUUCGGUGACGUUGAUGUAUUUACGAAUCUCUUAUAUACGAGGGUGAGUCAAAAAUUAUCCGCACUCUUCGUUCUACAAUUUAUUUACACAAAAAUAGGGGUUCAAUAUGUACGUCAUGUUUCAACAUAGUCUCCUCCCUUGGCAAUGCACUUGGUCCAGCGGUCCACAAGCGUAUUGCUUCCAAAGAAGAAAGUGUAUUUCUUCCAAGAAGAAAGCCACUUUUGCACCGUUUCCUGCAAGCCCAAAUCUUGCUCCCUCCGACUUUCAUCUGUUUCGGCCGCUCAAGGAUGCUUUGCGAGGUCGUCAAAUUUCUACAGACGUAGACGUGCAGGAAGCGGUGCAAAAGUGGCUUUGCGACCAACCGAAAACCUUCUUCUCGGAACGUAUACGCAAGCUUGUGCACCGCUGGACCAAGUACAUUGCCAAGGGAGGAGACUAUGUUGAAAAAUGACGUACAUAUUGAAUUCCUAUUUUUGUGUAAAUAAAUUGUAGAACGAAAAGUGCGGAUAAUUUUUGACUCACCCUCGUAUAAUUGCACUUCUGUUUGGCGGAAACUGAUUUGACUGAAAUUUUAUCAUUUUUAACGAACGGAGAGGACAGUUUUCCAUAAUGGAAACAUAAAUUACAAAUUAAUGGCAACAAUAUAUUUUACCAAAUGUUUUUUAUCCCAUUUUAUAUUUCAAUCUUUACAAAGUCAAAUGUCAUCGAUUAUAUAUGUAACUUGUUACGUAAGCAUCUUGAAAUUAUUUCUUUCAUGUAAUAAACACAUCUUUGUAAAUAGAAAUAUUUGUGCCGGCGACUCGUCGCUGAGAGUUUCAAGAGAAUAGCGCGCAGGACACUCGCAAAAAAUCGGAUCCUCGCAUUUUGAAACGGCGCAGAGCUUUUCGAGCUACAGUGUCGAGGUUUGCUUGAGUUUGGUAUCUCUAAAACGGAUUUUGGACAAGCUCUUCUUCACGGAAGCUUGCGCCAAGACGUGACGUUUCCACAGCUCGUGAUCUCAAAAUAUGCGUAAUCCUAUCGUCGUGUGAUCCAGAUACGGCGUUCGUGUAUCUAAGCAAAAGAGAGAAAAAAAAGAAACAAAAAGCAUAAAUAACAGUUAAACGUUGCAUGUAUAGAUUUUAGAAAGGGAUAAGUAGUUAGCGAGAGCAAGUGUGUGGUUCCGGCGUGUUUACAAUGCAUCUGAGAGAGAAUGCGGAGAGAGAGAGGAUUAUACGCGUUGCGAAUUGGAUUUUGAACAUUUAACGAAAGAGGAUUGAUAACUGUCGUAUGUUUAUUACGAUUUUGCCCGCGUCUGCUUCUUUGACAACUUUCCUACCUCAGAAAGAAGAAAGAUUGUGAGAAAGGCAGACGUGCGAUUAUAAAGAACGUUACGAAAAUCGUCUCUACAAGUACUACACUUUAUAAACGACUCAUUGUAUAACGCAACUCUUGUUAAUUUCAUUUACAAUAUUUUAAUACAAUCACGCGCAAUGCGUUGUAAGCCUUGAAAGCUUAUCAUAACGAUACGAUACUUAUAACUCACGUGUUUCGUGAAAUGUGAUGGUAUUCCCUAUUUCUGUAAAAAAAAAAGUAUAGCUUCGAUGUUAGCAUGUAUGCAGUGAAUAAUUGGAAAUAGGCAGGAGACUAUCAUCACGGUCUCCAUCGCAAUAUAUAAAUGUGUCAUGUGCAUAUACUGAUCGUCCUCGAGAAGAAACAAAUUAUUUAUCUAUUACUCCAUCCCUUAAGAAAAAAAGCAUUUAUCUUCGUAUGAAUUAAAUAGUAAUCGUAGGCAAUAUACAUAUAUAUAUAUAUAUAUAUAGUUCUAAACCCUGUUGACCCAACUUGAACACAAGGAAAAAAUUGUAAAGGCAUAAUAAGGCAUAGAAUAAUAUAAUCGUUGUCCCUACCGUAUCGAGAAAUGUUCUGUACAGGUGAAAAAAAGUCUGUAAAGAUAAAGUUUAGUCGCGCUUUUUGUGAGAGACCGACGUGUAAUAUUUAGGAAAACUAAAGGCAAGAGAGAAUAUCGCGACGGGAGAUGUGUGACGUAGAUGAGAGAGUAACGUGUGUUUCCUUGAGGAUUGCUUCUUCUCAAUAUGCACGCGAUCGCCCUUAAAUGAGAUCAUCGGAGAAAGCUUCGUUGCAGUUUGCGCUUUUUGUCGUGCGACUGUAUUUUGCUACAAUAAAUAAACCGAGAGCGAGUGAAGCACUGAAAAUACAAGUCGCACUCUAAGUACGCCAGUUCCAAGUGGAGCAAAUUUAAAGUUGUCGAGGAAAGAAAGUACGGCCAAUAUGAAGUUAACGGUCGUAGAAGAUUCUUCCAAUGUCACAUUAAAUUGUCACAACCUGUUCGGAUCGUGAACGGCGAGGUGUCACAGUCCUCCUGGGUUUAAAUUUUCUCGCAACUGGACUUAAUUCACUUGCAUUUUCAGCUUCGGACAAACAGUUUCUUUGUAUUGCCGUCACGAAAAAGCUACGUCAUGCAACGCUCUCGCGUCUAUACGUUUAAACUGCUAAGCGACUUUGUAGGUAUGGAAAAAUAUCUAGUUUUGCCAAAUCGCUUUUAAAUAAUCUUAAACAUAUUUUGUUCGAGGCACGUUGUUACAAGGGUUCGGUCAAGAAUCCUGUAAGAUUCUAAAUGUGCUCAAAACUGAUAGGUUCUUAGCCUAUUGUUAAGAUAUAAUAGAAAAGAAAUAUUAAAAUAAGAAAAUAUAUACAUAUAUAUAUAUACAUUUACACGCGUUAUUGAUUCAAUAUUAAUGUUGUAAUUACGUAUUACUCGUAAACGUUAUAUUAGCGGAUGAUAUCAUUUAAGGGUUGAUCGACAUCAGGGUUAGUCAAUGCAAGAGCGCUGAAACGAAUGUGUACCACUUUAUUUCGUCGUGACAGAUAGUAAUGUAUAACAAACAUGAUCGAAUAAAUAACUUACGUUACAUAUCGUAAUCCAGAGCUUUUUAUAGAAUUACAGCACGCGUGUUCCUUCGAAGCUACGCAAGUACGUAAUCGCCGCAACAAGUAUAUAAUCCGCACGCUCCACCAGUCAUACCAUCGUGCAUUUUGACCAAUUUAAUAUAAUACCCGGGACAUUCCCCCUAGAUUUGUAAAUGUAAACGGCGGCUAUCGCAGAAAGUCCUCCCCUUUUCGCGGAAGCUUCGGGGCAAUUAGGGGGAACAUUGUGUGUCAAAGGCCCAAAAAGUAUAUACACGUAUAAGUUAACGCAAUAUAUGAAAGUAUAAACCGAUGUUUCCCCGAUUUAGUUUAAGAACGUACAACUUUCUGGAGCUUAUGAACAAUUUCCGGCUUUCCUCGAAUGUUUUAACAUAAAUCGGCAAGAUAUGCGCAUCGCGCAGAGACAGUAAUUAAACGAUGCGGCUGCGAAGUUAUCACAAUCUUAAGAAAUGUACACGCAAUUCAAAAUAUUGCAAUUGAUCGCUCACUAAUUCAAAUUUUCUUACUGUUAAUUACUGGGCGGAAAAUCUCUAUGUAAAAACGCAAGUCUGUUCUGGCUGGCAUUUCGCAGAAUAUUUCUUCUUGCGCAGGAAUCAUGACAUAAUAAUAAUAAAGUGUUUUGCGGUAUAUUUGCUAAUGUAAUGUUGGUCUCCACCGUUUCUCCGCAGCUUGUAAUCCGGAAGUCUUUCUAGAGCGUUCGCAACAACGAGAGGUAAAUGGUAUUAAAAGCGCAACGUUUUCCUCACAAAAAUCUCUCGGGUUAAUUAAGAAAGUUGCGCAAUAUUCCUCGCGAGACAAGUGUAUUAAAAUAAGAUUGUAAUUCAGAAGAACAAAUUAGUGUACGUUUCUCUAGAAUAGGAAUCUCCAAAUUAUACGGAAGGGAGGAGGCGAUUAGACAGACGCGACUUUCUAUUGUGAAAGAGUUGGGGAGAGAAAUAAAAAAUGAAAUAACCGGUCGGACUUUCACUCUGAAAAUCUGGAAUCGAGCUAACUACGUAAUUAGGAAUUGACGCUUAAACUUAAGCGGACAUUAUAUAAAUGUUAAAACGGGAAACUUACAGUCAACCCUUUAUUUGUUUGAUGCAACGUUUCGACCCUAUUUUUUGGGUCCUUAUCAAGUAGUGCUGCAAAUCAACAACGCGCGCGAUCAUACGACUUUGUAAGUUAAUAAGUAAAACGAAUGGAAGUUACGAAACGAACCUAAGUGACUCAUCGUCGUCACAUAAGACAGAGUCGAAUGAUAAAUAUGUAAAUGGUUGAAAAAGCGCCCACUUUUUCUGGUUGUCGUUUUUAAAGAGGAAGCGCGAGAAGAUACCAACGUCGCAGGAGGACUAAGUACUUUCGGCAAGCAUUGUUUCCGGACGAAAGAUGCGUAUCGUGUUACAGCUCACAUAAAUCUUACGUUUUUGAGCGACGUGCACGCGUUGCCGCGAAUAUAAUUUGGACGCUCGAGAAAAAACGCUAAUUAGUUUCGUAACGCAGCCACAUAAUAUCCAUAGUGGUGUCAGUAUAAUAAGAAUAAUUAUUGUACAUGUACACGUGCCGAGCUCAUGAGUCGGUAAAUUAACGCAGAUUAACGGCAGGUGGAUUGUAUAACGUAGAGAGCGUGGACGAAGACUUUUCGUUCCGGUUUCUCGAUUUGUUUCGCCGUUCGGGGACGGCCCUUUAAAAAAGAAACGCAAGAAAUGGCACCCGGAAUAACGUAUGAUGCGUGUAACGAUAAUAAUUUCCUGCGAAAAGGAGAAAUGCUGAAUCCCUGAUCCCUCUAUGACUAACUGAAAAAAAAUAUAUACAUGUAUGUGCAACGAUAUAAUGUACCUAACUACUUUAUGCGUGUAUCUACUGCUUAGAUUGUAAUCUAAUACCAAUCCAAUACUAUAACCAUGUGAUGUAUACAAAGAGUACCAAGAGGCGAGCAGCAGGAAUAUCUCAAGAAAUUCUUCAUGUACAAUAAUUUACAAGUGUGUGUGAGAAAGAGAGAGAAAGAGAGAGAGAGAGAGAGAGAGAGAGAGAGAGAGAGAGAGAGAGAGAGAGAAUGCGCGCACAGACCAUUUCUGAAAGCAAAGACGAAAUAAAUGUAGCACUGUUAGCAAAUGGUACCGGCGAUAAAUUCUAUGUAUCGAUAAAUAAUAUAAUAUUGUUUAAAGGACGACAAGUGAGCCGCGCCUUAUAUUUUCGCGAAGUUCUAUUUUAGUAACGUCCUCGAUCGUACAAUUGCGCCGCGGCAUCCCGUCGCAAUUGCGUUGCCUACGUCUGUUUCGUUUCCUCACGUUAGGGGCAGCGAGUGGAUAACCGUGAGUUUUGGAAAGAGUCACUCCGGCGACCCCCUAAUCGGCACGCUACAAUUUUUUUUGUUUAUGAAACGACUAGUAGACGGUACGGAAAGAUGUGGUUGUUACGAAUUAUAAUUAAAAAUUGAUCGAAUAAUAAAAGAGAUACAAAAGA